AUUUUAUUUUAUUUAAUAUCAAACUGAAGAAACGUUGGCCCAUUGAGCAUGGCCCGUCACCAGCAUCAGGUCCGAAUCUCCCCCACUCGAGAAGGACUAGCAAAAGCGCGUAGAACGCACUCGCUCUUGUCACUUAACGGGACCGUCACCACGCGUGACGGCAGAUACGAGACCCACUCACGGAAGGCACGCUCCGUCAAACCCUCCCACACACAUUUUCUCUCAAUCUCAACGCCCCAUUCUCUUUCCCUAACGUCCCCGACGACGCCGUAACGUCCUCCCCUUCAUGGCCUCUUGCGACGACGACGAUGACUUCUCUCUCCUCCGCGAUGACACCCACCACCACCUCCACCAGCCCUACGCGCCGCACCACCAUCACUUCUCCCCCUCCGCCGUCUCCGUCGCCUCCGCCUCCUCCGUGCCGCCUAAACCCGCCGCCGCCGCAGACGACGACGCCGAGGACUUCUCCAACCCCUUCGACGAAGACGACGACGGCGAGAAGCGCAAGGAGCGCGACGAGAUCGGCGAGGGAGCCGCCUCGUACGGAUUCAACAACAAGAGAUCUAAGACGACGGCUCCGUCGAACGGCGUCGGCGCCGUAUCCGGCGGCGCCGAGUACCGCAAGGACCGGGAGGAGUGGAGCGACACGGCGAUUGUGUGCCUCCUCGAGGCGUACACGGAGAAGUUCACGCAGUUGAACCGGGGGAACCUGAGGGGAAGGGAUUGGGAGGAGGUUGCGGCGGUGGUGAGCGAACGGUGCGAGAAUCAAUCAAAGAGCGUUGAACAGUGUAAAAACAAGGUCGAUAACCUAAAGAAGAGGUACAAAUUGGAGCGACACAGAAUGAGCAGUGGCUGCAUUUCCACCAGCCACUGGCCUUGGUUCAAGCAAUUGGAACAGAUCGUCGGAAAUUCUCUCCCGGCGAAGUUCUCCGACGAGGAUAAAGCGGUCAUUUCAGCCGGAACUUCGCCCCGGCAAUCGAAAAGAUAUGGAGUGGCAACACCCAGCACUGGAGGUCCAGCAAAUAGCAUGAAGUCCAAAGCAUUGUCAAACAGUAGAUGGCGGAGGGUAGUCCUCAAAAUUAGUGGGGCAGCUCUUACUGGAUCUGAUACCUGCAAUAUUGACCCUAAGGUGGCAAUGUUAGUUUCAAGAGAAGUUGCCAUAGCUUCCCGCCUUGGUGUGGAGGUGGCAAUUGUUGUUGGAGGUCGUAAUUUCUUCUCUGGAGAGGCUUGGGUAAAUGUGACAGGUUUAGAAAGAUGUACUGCGUACCAAGUUGGCAUGAUGGCAACUGUGAUGAAUUCAAUAUUGCUCCAAUCGACUCUAGAGAAGAUGGGUGUUCAGACUCGUGUACAAACUUCAGUUGCCAUGCAGGAGUUUGCUGAACCAUACAAUAGGCAGCGGGCCAUCAGACAUCUUGAGAAAGGAAGGGUUGUUAUAUUUGGUGGCAUUGGUUUUGGUGCUGGCACUCCUCUUUUCUCAACCGACAUAGCUGCAGCUCUUCGUGCUUCAGAGCUUAAUGCUGAAGCAGUUCUAAAGGGUACUAAUGUAGAUGGUGUAUACGACUGCAACUCACGAGACAACAAUUUCACUUUUGAGCACAUAUCCUUCAGAGAGCUAGGUUCAAGAGGUGUCACCUCUAUGGAUAUGUCAGCGCUGACAUUCUGUGAGGAAAAUGCUAUUCCUGUUGUGGUUUUUAAUCUACUGGAGCCUGGGAACAUCUCAAAAGCUUUGUGUGGAGAACAAGUUGGCACACUAAUUGACCAAACUGGAGCAAUAAGCUAACAGUUAAUUCAUCCAAUUCAAUUAUUAUUAGUCGCACCGGAGCCAUCAAGUUGAGUGGGAUAUUGGCCAUGACUGAGAUUCUUGAAGAAUAAAAUAUAAAAUCUUGACAGAUUCAGCGUGUGGCCAAGUUAGUGGAAAUUGUACUUUGGAACUGUAAUCACAAAUUCCCUAUCACUAAUUUUAGGUGGUUGUUGUACUUUUAAUAAGUUUAUGUAAAAAAGAAAAAAAAUGCUUUUGUAUAUUAUUCCUAGAUGAAUUGUAGCAUAGUAAUGUAUUAGCAGUAGUCAUCCUUUGUUAGUGAAUGUAAACAGAUAGAGUAAUUCAACUUUAUUUAUUAUUCCUUUUAAAAAAAAAACUUUAUUUAUCA